AAUGGAUUCGCAUCAACGCUGUGUGGAUUAUGAAUCAAGACAGCACGAGAAGAAGAAUCUCGUACGAUUAUGAAUCAGCAAAAGAACCAAGGUCUGAAGAUUAUUAAUCCUCUCGUAGCUUGUUAAUGGCUAUAUGAGGGCCAUCACCAGCCAGCCUUCUGACAGCUCUCUCACUAUAGGAGAAAAAGUCCAACAACAAAAUCAAUAUGUCGCCCACCAACUUCAACACCACUGUCCACAUCACCCACUUGACUACCGCAACAUCAAUCCUUGAGAUCGAUGGCGUCAACUUCAUCACGGAUCCUGUCUUCGCUGAUGCUCCCGCUGAGUACGACAUUACCGACAUCAUGCCUGAGGGCACUCAGAAGACAAUCUUGAAGUACGAUGAGGGCCCAGCUCUGAAGCUCAACCAGAUCCCACCCGUCGAUGUCGUUCUUCUGAGCCACGAAGACCACAUCGACAACCUGGAUGACGAGGGCCGCAAGCUUCUUGACGGUCGCCGGGUCAUCACCACGCCAGACGGAGCCAGGAACCUGGCCCCCCGGCCUGGUGUUUUUGCCAUCAAGCCGUGGGAAACCUUGACCAUGAACCUGAACGGUGUCGAGUGGCAGAUCACUGGAAUUCCCUGCGUCCAUCUUCCCGGUGGAGAAGUCACUGGAUUUAUCCUUCACAACAAAAACCUCGGAACCAGCCCCGAGGGCCUUCCUAAUGCUGUCUACUUCACUGGAGACACUGUCCUCCUGCCCGAACACUAUGAGAUUGCCAAGCGAUUCCAUAUUGUGGUUGCUCUGAUGAACCUGGGUGACGCAAGGUUCCCGGUUGCAGGACGUGACGAGCCACUUCAAAUCACCAUGGGCGGUGAGGAUGCUGCAAAGCUUUUCCGUGGCCUCAAGGCCGAUACCCUGGUGCCCAUUCACUACGAGUCGUGGCAUCACUUCACCCAGCACGGGGAGCAACUCAAGAAGGCCUUCGAGAAGGAGGGCAUCGCAAACAGAAUCUGUUGGAUGGUUCCCGGAGAGCGAAAGCAGGUCGUAUGAGCCGACAGAACGACCUGACGACCAUGUGCAACAAAUUCAAUAACUGAGGCGAGAAUGUGACAAUUGGUCUCAUGGAUAUAGAGGGAUUGUAACUAAAGAGAAGCAUACCGGGACUAUAGAAAAGGUUACUUAGAGUAAACUUGGGAAGAGGUCGUGGAUGUAUCUAAGAAAAACGUAGAAUGCAAAAGCCGUUCC